AAACAAAUGUACUGUCUUCAGUUUAAACGUUUGUCAAAUAGCAGCUGCUGCUGUGUUUUCAUUUAAAUAAUAAAAAAAACGUCACAUUUCACAGCAAAACUAUCGGCAUAUUUAAAAAAUGAAAUUUAAUUUGUGUACUUUCAUUCGUGGUGUUUGUCAUUGUGAUAUAAAUUAAAAAUUGUCAAAAAAAAGUCCAUUGAACAAAAAAAUGGGUUGGCUCUCAUUGUGCAUCGCUGUCGCGAACAUUUACCUGUGUGGUGUCAUGGUAAUGGCAAAGGAGCCAAACCUUUUUUUAAGUCAAUCGUACGAUGUGCAACUGAACGAAGGGGAAAAACAAUAUCGACUAAUGCAAUCGAAUGCGAAUUUACCACAGUACGGAAGAUGUUGGACCGAAGCUGUUCGACAAAUUGAUGUAACAUGCACAGAUCUCAAUGAAAAGACACAAGCAAUGCUUGCCCUUCGAUUUACCAAAUGCUUUAUAGCAAUGAGUGGUGGUGAUGGUGAUUCCGGUCUGGAUGGAUGCGAAGACACCGAAUGUAUCGGUAACAUGUCUGAACGUGUUUUUCAAGCAUACACACAUUUCUAUACACACACUCAGAAUAUUUGUUUCUACUUAAUGCAUCAAAUUUGGCACGGAGAAACUGUGAAGACAGUCCAUUUGUUAAAAUCACAUUCUCAGAGCGUAAGCAGACAACUUGAGCUGGCCGGACGUUUACAAAUCAAUUUACUAACACAACAACGUGAAGGAUUAAAAUUACAACAGAAAUUAGUGGAGCAUGGUGUUAAUUUAUCGGAUGUAUUAAACGAUUCGCAAAGCAGCUUAUCACGAUUAACCGAACAAUUUCGCAAUUCGACGUUGGAACAAGGACGUCAGCUGGGCGAUUUAUUUCGACGUUUGUCACAAUUUCACAAUUGGAUUGUCGGCGAAUAUUUAUUAAUUGAACAAAUCAUGUAUUAUUCGAUUGUUUUGGCGGUCAUAAUGAUCGCAACAACAGCUAAACGAACGGAGAAUUGUCGAUUUUUAUUGUUUGUACUGGCAAUUGUUAACAUUUUGAUUGAAUCAUUAUUUCAAAAAUACCUGGGCAACGACUAUUACAUUGAAGAUAUAAAAAUUGUACUGUUCGAAACAUUGUGGUUGAUCCGGAAAAUAUUUGCUGCCGUCAUGUGUACAGUUUAUGUGGUUAAGACGGUUACUUAUGUGGAUUCACAGAAGAUGACACUCAGUCUAUUGCAAGUUAUCAAUAAACAAAAUGUGGAAAUUUUACAAGCAUUAAGGGAUUUAAAAGGAAUACCAAUUGAAGAGUGUGGCGAUCGAAAUUAUCAUAUUUUAAAUCGACCAAGUGUUGCGCGACAAAGUGUUGAACGAGAUGACAUUACAUCGAGAAUGAUGCAAAGAACCGACGAGUAUAACAGGAGAUCGCGUAUGACUCCGUCUGUGAUAAGAGAGUUUAGCGUGGAAAAAUCAAUGUUUCCCAACAUUGGCGUUACCACCCGAUUGCGGUCGCGACAAGCAACACCAAUUUUAUAAGUGUUUCAUCUUUUAACGCAUGUUUGCAUUCAUAAUAAUUCAACAUUUCUGCACUAUAAGUACUUAACUUAUUAUUUAAAGAAUAAAAAUUCAUCCGUUUUGAAGGUGGUGUAAAUUUUCAUAUAG